GGACAUACUGUAUGGUUGGAACGGUAUAUCCUGUACUCUCCCAGGGGAUAAGCAAGAACAAAUGCUGCGUACCAUUCGGGGACUUGAAAAUGUCAAUAUGAUUCGAUCAGGUUACAGUGUCGAAUAUAACUGUAUCAAUGCUCGGGAGCUCAAAGGUCAGCUUCUUGGCCUCAUUCGUGGGUCUCCGUUAUCACCGUGCAGCAACUCUUGAGACGAAACGUAUACCUGAAUUGUUUCUCGCUGGUCAUAUAAAUGGUAUGCCAAGGCUCGUACGUAUAUGGUUUUGAUUGUAAUGCUUUUUUCAGGCACUACUUGAUACGAAGAGGCCGCCGCCCAAGGCAUUCUUGCGGGUGCUAAUGCGGGACUUUCUGCGCUUUAUCGAUCGCCAAAGAAGCAGUUUGUACUAACGCGAGCGGAUGGCGUUUGGGGAGUGAUGGUCGAUGACCUGAUUUCAAGGGGCGCCGGAGAACCGUAUCGCAUGUUUACCAGUAGGAGCGAAUAUCGUAUGACUAUCAGAGGUGAUAAUGCAAACAUGAGGCUCACCGAUUUGGCCUUCCAUCGUUCAGCUCCAUUGCUGAACACAAAACAAGUGUAGGUCGAGCUGUCGGAAUCGUCUCUGAUAGAAGAUGGACGAGCACACAUCGAGUCCCCAAGUUUGCGGUCUGAAAAGAAAAGAAUAGGAACUCUUCACUUACAACCUUAUCUCAAGGGAUGGAAUGCCGCAG